AUGGCGUUACUCCCCGGCCUCCCUGACCCGACCCUGGAACCGGUUCGUCGACCACAUUUCCGUGAGACUCGAGUUAAAAGGACGAGUCUCCUCAUGCUAUUGCUCAUGGUCAUGGCGGGCGGUUCAGGAGGGGUUCGUGACGGGCACAUUGACGAGUGUGCCGAGCAGAUCUCAGGAUGCCACUUCACACAGACCUGCUCAAACACAUGGGGUUCUUACCACUGCACUUGCCCACGGGGAUUCAGCUCCUCAGGACCGGGGCAGCCUUGUUUAGACGUCAACGAGUGCACGCUGCCCGAGAGAUGUCAGCACCGGUGCGAGAACACCAUCGGGAGCUUCAUGUGCUUGUGUCCACCGGGGUAUCGACUCAAUGCAAACAGAAGAACUUGUGACGAUAUCAACGAGUGCCGCGAGCAGGACGUGCAGUGUGGCCGAGACCAGCUUUGCUUCAAUCUUCGGGGUUCGUACAAGUGCGUGUCCGCCCCCUGCCCGCCCGAGUACCAGAGGGACCCAGCUACCGGGUCGUGCAUCCUGGACUGCCGAUGGGGUAAGAACAACUGCCCUCCCGGUGUGACGUAUGCCCACAUCCUGGCAUUCAAGACGGCCUCGCUCCCAGCUGGAAUACAGGCCUACCAGGACCUCGUGCGUCUCAUGGCCUACGAUCAGCAUGGGAGCCUCGUCCCGCAGACGCUGUUCAGUAUUAUCGAGAACGAAACAGGUGUCGCCUUCAGAAUUCGCCUUGAGGGUGGCAAAGGUAUACUGAGUACACUGGAUCCUCUUGCGGCAGGUCGAGAGUACAGGAUGGUUGUGGAGGCGGUGUCUUACGAUGAGGUUGAACACUUCAUCAAAUACUCAACCAGAUUCAUCAUCUUCCUUCACAUUUCACAAUACCCAUACUAAGCAAAGCGCUGCAGUGUAAUACUUAACAAUAGUUAGCAGUAGUACUAAUAACCUGACACUUUCUUUUUUAUUUCUCUUCAGUAAUGAUAGAGAUGAGACUUAUGGCUAGUAUUUAUUUUAGUGUGUCCUAAAGUUCUUUUUUUUUUCUUUUCGUAUUGCAGUAUCCUGUGACUGCUUGUUAGAGGUUGCAUUCGGGUGUUUUGAGUUCGAUGCUCGGGUUGCCUAAAUAGUGUUCUCUCGAGGUAUUUAAUGAUAUAUGUAAUGCCAGCGAUAUUCAACAUGUAUUGGCUAUUUACUUUGAUAGGAGAAUGAGAAAUUAAGUGAAUUUUUAACCAAUUGAAAAACGUAUAUGGGUUGAUUUGGUAGCUUAUAAUGCCCAUUUCCACAUCUACAUCACCCGAGAAAUGAAGUUUGUGAUUCAGACCGGUUUGUCACGCAGGAUAAAACUCUAACAGGGUACUGCAUGCGGUUUUAUAUAAAUGUGUAUAAAAAGUGUUUUUGUU